AUGGCUACGUAUGCAUCUUUCAUAUUACUUGUUUGGUUUACGAAAUGCAUUCUCAUCGACCGAUCCAAUAGUAAAGAAAGUAUGCUCAAGUUGGCAAAUACAGCUCACUUGAUCAGAGAUGAGAAGGAUAUUGUCUUUCCUGAAGGCACAAGAGGAAACGGAAUGUCUGGUUCACUUCCUUUCAAGAAAGGUGCAUUUCGUCUCGCCGUGGAAGCUCAGGUUCGUUAUCACCUCGUUUCAUUUACUGCCUUAUAG